AUGAACAGUCUAAAACGGGCUGUUGGUCUCACAACUCGCUCUCCUCUUUACGUCAUCCGCUUGUUUGCGAGUACUCACUUUGGUUAUCAGACGGUGGACGAGACAGAAAAGCAGGCGAAGGUUGACCAAGUGUUCACUGGUGUAGCGCAAAAAUAUGACAUAAUGAACGACGCCAUGAGUGCGGGCAUUCACCGCAUUUGGAAGAACUUCUUCGUCUACCGUAUGAUGCCCACCGCUAACCUCUCUUUCCUCGACGUCUGUGGGGGCACUGGUGACAUCGCUAUACGCAUCGCAAAGUUUUCAAAAAAUGUUGAAAACCCUUCGGGUCCCACCACGCCUAAAAUUACCGUUUGUGAUAUUAACCGACAGAUGAUGGAAGUGGGCAAAGAGAAGGCCAGUCAAGCUGGCAUGACUGGAAUCAAUUGGAUUCAAGGAAAUGCCGAAAACUUACCUUUCGAGGACAACCGAUUCGAUGUCUACACUAUAGCCUUUGGGAUAAGAAACUGUACCCAUGUGGAUAGGGUGCUGGAUGAGGCCUAUCGUGUCCUCAAACCUGGUGGGAGAUUCUUCUGCCUGGAGUUUAGCCGAGUCAACAAUUUUAUACUCCGGACAAUUUACGACGCAUACUCAAUGCAACUAAUCCCAGUGAUAGGCAAAGUGGUGGCCAAUGACUGGCAUUCUUAUCGUUACUUGGUGGAGAGCAUUCGAAGGUUCCCCCACCAAUAUGAGUACGCCGGAAUGAUUGAAGAUGCAGGUUUCCGGAGUGUACAAUUCACCAAUUACACAUUCGGCGUCGCCGCAGUACAUAUGGGUGUAAAGUAA